CACCUAGUUGCUGCUGCAGCGACGGAAUUUGACAGAUGGUCGUCAUGGCUGCUGAAGUACAGCAGGUGUUUGACAGCAGAAUAAACGCGAACGAUACGACCGAGACGCACGAGAUCCACACUGAAGAAUGCUGUCAAUCGUGCGAGAAAGAUGAAGAAACACAGAGGUCUUGGAUCCUGGAGAGGAAUUGGGGUUUUACUUUAGAGGAGCUCUUCGGAAUUGCGCUGAAAUUCUUUAAAGAGAUGAGUGGGAAGGCCUUUUACCCAACAUAUGAAGAAAACCUGCGUUUGGUUGCACUACAAAAACAAGUCACACUUGGACCUUUUGACCCAAAAGCUUGUCCAGAAAUUGGAUUCUUUGAUGUACUGGGAAAUGACAGAAGGAAAGAAUGGUUACAGCUGGGCAGUAUGGCCAAAGAGGAUGCCAUGGAGGAUUUUGUGAAGCUUCUGAACUCCUGUUGUAAUCUGUUUGCUCCCUAUGUCCAAUCGCACGAAAUAGAGAAGGAGGAGCAAGAGAAGAGACGAAAAGCAGAGGAAGAGCGUCUGCGGCUGGAGAGAGAGGAGCAGGAGCGGCGAAGGUUAGAAGAGGAAGCACGCCGCAGGGAGGAAGAAGAGAGGAGGAAACAGGAAGUGGAACAGAGGAGGAAAGAUGAUGUCAAUAGGUUACAGAUAGCGCACCAAAAACAACACAUCAUGGCUGUUCUAAAUGCACAAACGGCUGUGCAGUUUCAACAAUAUGCCAAACAGCAAUAUCCAGACAAUCCAGAGCAGCAGCAGAUACUAAUCCAACAGCUACAGGAACAACACUACCAACAAUACAUGCAGCAGGCCCUCCGCUUGCAGCAGAUGGCCUUGCAGAAACAGCAAGAAGAUACACGUGCACAGGAAGCUCAGCCUCCUGUGGCAUCAAAUGAUACGGUGUCCAAUCCCAGCAGCCAAUCAAAUUCAUCACACAUUCAGGAAGAUCAGGCCGACUCAAAAGCCUUCAAUUUGGUAGUAGAAGGCAAACCAGGGGAGGUACCUGUUGUGGCCCCGUCCAUGUGGACAAGACCUCAGAUAAAGGAGUUCAAAGAAAAAGUGUUGCACGAAAAAGACUGUGUGAUCACAGUGGGCCGAGGGGAGGUGUUGACCGUACGGGUGCCCACUCAUGAGGAUGGCUCGCACCUCUUUUGGGAGUUCGCCACUGAUCAUUAUGACAUCGGUUUUGGGCUGUACUUUGAGUGGAAGGAUUUGACCCCACCAGCAAGCAACAAAAAUGAAGAGGGAUCUGCUGUUGAAAUUAAAAAAGGGGCAGCACAGGUUGAAGGAGAGAAAGACAUGGAGGAGAGCAGACUUCCAUUGGUAAAUGAGGUGGUUCCUGUUUCCCGUCGAGACAGCCAUGAGGAAGUGUAUGCAGGCAGUCACCAAUAUCCUGGACAAGGAGUUUACCUUCUUAGAUUUGACAAUUCCUACUCGCUCUGGAGGCCGAAGGUAGUCUAUUAUAGAGUUUACUACACCAGAUAAUGAACAUCACUACAAAACGUCUCACAAGACCAGAUGGUGAAUUCACACAUACAAGAUGUUGAGCAUUUGAUUGCAACAGUAAAUUCAUUUUUGUGGUAAAAGUCUGCUCAGGAAAAGUAGCCGGACCACAGAUUUUAAAUAGGGAAUGGAUACAACAAUAUGCUAUAGUACAAGGUGUUUAAACCAAGGUAUCUGUCUUGUUUACUGAAAGAUAAAUCUUGAAAGUCAUGAUGUGCACUACAAACAUAUUUUUUUUAUUUGUGUAAAACUACCUUUUCAUUAUCUUUUAGUUUAAUAAGUUUAUUGUGUUUAAUCAAUGAAGGAAUGGUGUAGAAUAUCUCGUUAAUUGAUUUAGUUAAUUUUGGCACUUUUACGUUAUGCUUUCUCACCUCAUUUUUUACUGGUUUAAAGGAUUUCUUUGUUUUUGUUUGGGGUAUUGAAUGGAUCAAAAAAUAAAUUAUUUUUUUGUUAAGGUUUAAUCUAAUUCUGAAACAUGAUCAUUCUUUUCAUUUAUAUGAUAAUUGUUACGGGAAAUAUGAUAUUAAUUUUUGAAAGUUGCUUAACAGUUUGUUCUUUGUUUGCCUUAAUAAGAGGUCAUAUUAAAAUGUUUUGUGUUCUCUUAAGCAUACAUGUGCUCCAGUACAGUCAAAUACAAGAAAAAAUACUGUUGCUGUAUAACUUUUGCACACUACAGUAACAGAGAAUGUAUGGAAACAUACAGUGAACUAAACACUAACUAAGAAUCUUACAAUAGAUGACAAAAUGUCAUUUAAUUCUCCAAGAAUUAAAUCUUUGACUUGGUGUAACCACGUAACUUGAUGAGGGAUCACUGUCUGUUUAAUUGCCUUUGUAUUUUUGUAUGAAGAGUUUGAAUGUCCCAUCGAUAUAUAACAUGUUAUCACCUAUCAGCUCCAUCCAAGUUUUUUUUAAAUCAGUGUAUUUGAUAUAAAAUACUUUUAUACCAAACAUGCAAAUUGUAUAAUAAAAAACAUAUUGA